ACUUGUUGCGCGCAUCCGGGGAGAGCGCACGAGUGCUGUUUUCUUUUCUUCAUCCAAGUCCACGCUCUGAUUUCAGCCAGUGGUUGAGCGGAGCGGAAGAAUGGACCGUGGAGAUCAGCUCACACCAGCAGCCUGAAGUCAGCACGGCUCGCUGCUCACCGACUGUGACAAUCGGUCCAUAAUUAAUGACCAUCGGGGCGGUUCGUUUCCUCCAGCCGGUCCGAGCCGCUGCCGAGCGGCGGAUGCUUUCGGGAGAAAAACACCUUUCCUGCACUGAAUGGCUUCUGCGCGCAGCCGAGACAAAGUUUGUUCGGGUCAGAACCGAAGGCUUGUUUGAUUCCUCCUCUCACCACCGGUGUUUCUGGGACGAGUCCCCCCACCCCCCCGAACCCGGCCCUCCUCUCCUCUCCUCUCCUUCUCGUCGACAUGUCUGAGCGGGAUGGAAAUGGAGACGCGCUGUGCGGCGACGGAGCGCCGGACUUCGUCCCGCCGAGAGCGUCCCGCGGCCGGCGCAGCGGUGUCAUCCUCGCCGCCGGCGGCCAGGACACCGACGCCAUUCUGCUGGAUUCGGUGAAGGCAGCCCCUCGCCGGAGCAGCAUCAUUAAGGAUCCCUCGGUGCAGAAGGUUGGCGGAGGACGGAAGAAGACGGUCUCCUUCAGCAGCAUGCCCUCUGAGAAGAAGGUGAGCAGCGCCGCAGACUGCUUGGCCUUCAUGCAGGGCGGGUGUGAGCUGAAGAAGAUCCGGCCCAACUCCAGGGUCUACUGUCGAUUCUACACGCUGGACCCGGACCUCAGCUGCCUGCGCUGGGAGCCGUCCAAGAAGGACAGCGAGCGGGCCCGCCUGGACGUCUCCAGGGUCCGAGAGGUCCGCACCGGCAAGAGCACCGAGACCUUCCUCCACAACGGGCCCCUCUCCGAGCACCUGGCCGAGGAGGCGGCCUUCUCCGUCAUCCACGGGGAGGAUUACCAGUCUCUGGACCUGGUGGCGUUGUCGGCCGACGUGGCCAACAUCUGGGUGACGGGCCUCCGCUACCUGUUGGCCCACCCCUCGGCCAUCGGCGGCGGCGGCUGUGGAGGGGCGGGGGGCCUGUGCGAAGGAGCGGGCGGCUUGGCGGUGGGCGGCAGCCCGGGGGGGAAGAUGAGGAGCGAGUGGCUGGCGGCGGAGUUCGCCCAGGUGGACGAAGACGGCCACGGCAUCGUGUCGGAGGACGUGGCCGUCGCCACCAUCUGUAAACUCUGCCCCGGCAUCAAAGAAGCAAAGGUGCGCCUGCGCUUUAAGGAGAUCCAGCGCAGCAAGGAGAAGCUCACCUCCCACGUGACCCGAGAGGAGUUCCACGAGGCCUUCUGCGAGCUCUGCACCCGCCCGGACGUCUACUUCCUGCUGGUGCAGCUGUCCAAAGACCGCGAGUGCCUGGACCCGCAGGACCUGCGUCUCUUCCUGGAGACGGAGCAGGGCUUGUCCCAGGCGACCACGGAGGGCUGCUGGGAGCUGCUGCGGCGCUGCGAGCCCUCGGCCCAGGGCAAGGAGAAGGGUCUGCUGGGUCUGGACGGCUUCGCCCGCUACCUGCAGUCUCCGGAGUGCCAGCUGCUCGACCCGGAGCACCUGGGGGUGUGCCAGGACAUGAACCUGCCUCUGUCCCACUACUACAUCAGCACCUCGUACCGCUCCUACCUGCUGGAGGACCAGGUGCACGGCCGAGCGGACCUCGGGGGGCUGAUCAAGGCUCUGCAGUCCGGCUGUCGCUGCGUGGAGCUGGGAGUGACCGACGGCCCGGAGGGGGAGCCCGUCCUCGGGGUGGACUACGGGCCGGACAUCCCCCACCACCACCACCAUCACCAUCACCACCACCACCACCAGCAGCAGCAGCACCAUCACGCGCCCGUCACCAUCCGCUCCGCCCUGGAGGUGGUCAGCGAGUACGCCUUCCUGACCUCCCAGUACCCGCUCCUGCUGUACCUGUGCCAGCGCUGCUCGCCCGGCCAGCAGCGCACCAUGGCGCAGCACUUGAAGAAAGUGCUCGGCCCCCGCCUCUACAAGCCGGAGCCCCCCCCCGUCGGCCCGGGGGGGCGGGCCGCGGCCUUGCCCUCCCCCGAGCAGCUGAAGGGCCGCAUCCUGAUCGUGGGUAAGAAGCUCACCGCCGAGCAGGGCGGCUCCGACGGGGAGGUGUCCGAGGAGGACGAGGAGAUCGGCGGCGGGGGGCCCCUGGCGGGACGUCGCAUGACCAUCCCCGGCGAGGAGGAGCUGGGCGUGGUGCUGGUGGUGCCUCCGCCCUCUCAGCCCAGGAAGCUGCGCCUCCACAGGGAGCUGUCGGACCUGGUGGCGAUCGCCCGCACGGGCAGCCGCGGCUUCUACGGCCAGCGGGCCGGCAAACAGCUGUCCCCGCCCGGCAGCCCCUCCUCCACCGGCCCGCCGCCGCCGCCCUCCGAGGCGCCCGGCUGGACGCUGUGCUCCCUGGGCGAGGGGGAGGCCGGGCGCCUGACCACGGAGAGCCCCGAGGACCUGGUGGCGUUCACCAAGCGCACCCUGACCAGGGUGCGGCCCAGCUCGGUGCGCCUGGACUCCAGUAACCCCAACCCGCAGGGCUACUGGAAAGGAGGGGUGCAGCUCGUGGCCCUGAACCAGCAGACCCCCGGCGCCAUGCUGGACCUCCACCGGGGCCGCUUCUCGCAGAACGGCGGGUGCGGCUACGUCCUGCGGCCGGCCGUGAUGAGGGACGAGGUGUCCUAUUUCAGCGCCCACACGCAGGGCUGCGUGCCGGGGGUGCCGGCGCAGACUCUGCGGAUCAAGGUGAUCAGCGCCCACAACCUGCCCAAGCCUCAGGGGUCGGGGGCCAAGGGAGAGGUCAUCGACCCCUACGUGGUCCUGGAGCUGCACGGCGUGCCGGCCGACUGCGCCGAGCAGCGCACGCGCACCGCCGCCCAGAACCAGGACGACCCGCUGUUUGACGAGACCUUCGAGUUCCAGGUGAACAUGCCGGAGCUGGCGCUGCUGCGCUUCGUGGUGCUGGACGACGACUACAUCGGCGACGACUUCAUCGGCCAGUACAGCGUGGCCUUCGAGGGCCUCCAGCCGGGCUACCGCAACGUGCCCCUGCUGGGCAUGGCGGGGGACCCCUUGCCCCACGCGGGCCUGUUCGUCCACGUGGCCGUCACCAACCGGCCGGGCGGCGGCAAGGCCCAGCAGCGCCGGGGCCUGUCGGUGAGGAGGGCGGGGAGGCGAGGCCGGGAGUACGUGGCGCUGAGGCACACCGGCGUCAAGGCGGUGGACGAGAGCUUCAAGCCGGCCGGCGCCCCCCUGAGGGAGGCCACGGACCUGCGGGAGGACGCUCAGAGCGCCACGGCCAGCUUCAAAGAGCAGUGUGGGCUCCCCACGGUGGCCAAGCUGAAGCAGUGCAUCCAGAGCCUGACCACGAGGCUGCAGGGCCCCGAGGGCGCCAUGGGGGCCGCCAUGGUGCUGAAGGAGGGCUACCCGUGCCUGGAGCCGCUCGCCAGCCUCGCCGAGCCGACGCGCAAGCUGCUCGCCGCCUACGACGCGAUGGUCGCCGCCCACAAACAGCUGAUUGAGAACGCGGGCGGCGUCCAGGAGAGGAUCGCCCACGUGCAGCGGGAAGGGAUGGACUUCCACGAGGAGCUCUCACGGCUGGCCGAGAAGGAGGGGCUGAAGGGACGCAAGCAGAGCAAAGCGGUGGAGAGCUUCACCUGGAACAUCACUGUGCUCAAGGGCCAGAGCGACCUGCUGCGCGGCGCCAAGAUGGACUCCCUGGACGCCCUGAGGCAGCUCGCCCUCGCCUGCGAAGCCUGCGGACUCACCGCCGGGCCCCCGCCCUCCGGCCUCUCCACCGCCGAGCUGCACCGCCCGCCCCAGCCCCCGUCCGGCCGCAGGGGCAGCACGCACGGCAACGGGCGCGUCUGACGCCCCCCACCCCACCCAGAGGAGCAGAGGUUGUUCCUGAAUGAGCCUCACGGGGGAGCUGCUUCUUCUGAAUGAUUCUGCCAGACAACCCGGAGAAAAUCUGCGUUUUUCCCCCCUCUGCAGGAUUUCCCUCAUUAGAGAGGAAACAAUAGACUCCGGAUGAAUUAGUGAAAAGGGGGGAAUGUGUCUCAGUGUCUCAGCCGGUCCCCUGUGUGUGUGUGUGUGUGUGUGUGUGUGUGUGUGUUUUCGUCAGGUCUCUACGAGUCUCUCAAUGAAUGUCACGUUCGGAGAGUUAUCACCUUCCUUAUUAAAUAACAACAACAAACAGAGGUUACGAAGGACAAAGCAAGGUUCCUAAAAGCAAAAGCAGGACCAACUUAAGAUGUUCAUUGAUACCCUGAUUAAACAGAAACAAUAAAACAAACGACUAAAGGCAUUAACGCAAGUAAAACCGGUUUUAAUAAAUGAUUUCAAAUAGAUUUCCAGAGUUUUGAUACAUGUAGGAGAGCAUCACAGGUACAUUGUGUGAAAUAAACCAGCAGCGGAGUGCACACACACACACACACACACACACACACACACACAGGAGCGCUUGUUUUCCUCCCCAGGGUGGCCUUUUAAAACUUGUUGCGCUCGGUUCAGAGGGGCGGGCUGAAACACCAGAGAGGUUUGAGAAGUGUAGUAACACAGGUACACGUGUGCAUAACCACAAUGACGCUGUGUGUGUGUGUGUGUGUGUGUGUGUGUGUGUGUAGAUCAGAUCCCUGCAGUAUUGGUGAAGUACUUAUUGUACUUCGUAUUUAUGUAGCAAUAACUCUAAUGGUCGUUAAAACCAAGUCAUGAGUGCACCUGGACUGACGUAUUGAAGACAACGCAACAGACUUUCCAGCUGGGUGAUGCUUGUAAAUGUGUCCGUGGGGGGGGGGGGCGUUCUGAUUGUGACUCACGGUCCAGCUCACCUGCAGCCGGCGGCGUUCCUCUUGGGCCUUUCGGGUGCCUCUGCGUGUUUGUUAAUCAACGCCCGUUCUUUUGUACUCAUACUGUUGUAUCUUUUAAUGCUGCAUUUGGAACUAAUGUGAUCCUCCGACACAGUGUAACACAUUAUAAUCCGAUGUGACUUGCGGGUUUAAUGAUCGGGUUAAAGGGUUGAAAGCUCUUGGUUCCCAAAAAGCACCCUAAUUGACACGCGUUUAGUUCCUUCCUUUGGCGGGUGGCGAGGACGCUCUGGCCCGACCUUUGAAUUAUCUCCUCAUUCCUUUCCCACGACAAAAUGGACCUGGUUCACACCUCCGCUCUCCGCCGCCCUUGCUGAGGUGUGGAGCGACGGAGCCUGGCGUGCCGUGUCAUCGCCACCUGACGACACUGCGGCUUCUGAAAGCGAGAAGGGGGAGAGCAGCGGCUGGAGGAUGGGGGAGGUGGCUCAUUGUAUGCUUCGACUGAAAGACAUACGCCUUGAAUGUGAUUUCACACCUUUCAGGUAGCUGUCGUUUGCAGGUGAUGUCAUUAAAGUCAGCGUGCAGAGGCUAUAGCUCAGGGAAAUAUUCAGUGAGCAUUAACCCCCCCGGUUUUAAUCAGCUAAAAUAUCUUUUUUUUUGGUGCAAAUGAAAGCAUUUUGGGAUAUGCACCCCUCCGGAGCAAAUGUUCAAAUCCCUGAAGGUUGCAAAGUUCCGGAACUUUCUUCUUCCUUAUCUCAUUUUUCCUAUCCUCCUCACGCCUCCCCCCCCCCCCCCCCCCUCACUACAGUGCUUUACUCCGAUGCUCGCUAAUGUAUUCCGUCUGAGACCCAAACGCCACGCGGCGCAUCCGGCCUGCAGGGAGCUCUGUCUCUGAGCCGGUCUGAGCUGGAAGGAGGCGCGACGAGGAGGAGGAGGAGGAGCGGGGUGUCCCUCCGCCGACCUUUGACCCCCCGGGCGCGGUUCCUUGCUCUUACAGUCGCUGUAUGUUUUUGUAAAAUAGAAGAAAAAAGACCAAAAGAAAAAAAAAAAUAUUUAUUGAAAUGUGUUUUAAGAAACAGAAUGAAUAUAAUUAAUUAAACGGACCUUGCUUUUAUUUUGAAAAGCUACUGUGUUUUCUAUUAAUCUAAUAUAACAAGAGUAUGUAUCCCGGAGUUAAUAAAGUGAUUUUUUUUCCUGA